CUAUGAUACAACAUAAUUUAGUAGCAUACAACCUCAAACGGUACGGUAGGUAACGGACAGAAAACAUGUUUGUGUCCUGAUUGUCACGUGAUCUACAAAAUGGAGGAUCAAAGAAACUUCCUGGUUUGUGUUGCUACCAUUUUGAUAAAUCCAGUUGAUGACAUUGGUAUGGAAUGAGGAGCAUAUAUACUUAAAGAGUUUUUUGUUACACAAGUAGUACAAAUGUUUUCUGGUCUCAGUCUUACAAAAUAAACAACAAUGUCUGAUGUUGAAGAUGACAUUUAUUUUGAUGCAAUAUCAACUGGAGCCAAGGCUAAUGAAAAGAAAAGUGAGCAGAAGAUGGAUGCUAUUGACAGUCCUGUUGCUCCAUCAGAGGACUCAGGUUUAGAGGGUAAAGAUUCUGAACAAAUAUUAACUAGAAGAGACACUGAAGGACAGCAUACUGGACCAGAAAAUGUAUCAGAUUUUAAUGGUAUGAUAACAGUGUACCAAAAGUCAUCAGGUACAGUUAAUGAAAACAACACAUCGUCAGAUUACAAUGUAAGAGGUGCUGGUAAAGUAAAUGCAGGCCAGGGGCGAGUCUCACAGCUUGCAAGUAAAUUCAUGAGACAGGGUUCUGAUAAUACAAGUGAUUCAUCUACAAGUGAUGCCAAUAUGGUUCUUCAAAAGAUACAUAAGCUUAAUCUACCAAAUCUUAAUCUGCCAACAAAUAAUAUGAGCAGUGACACUAAUAAAAGGGCAUUUAAUGUCAAACAUCCUGAUGAUGGAAAUUUUUCAUCAGUAUAUUCAUUUGCUCAACCAUUUCCAGACAAAACAUCUGAGUCAAGUGGUUUCACAGAAAUACCAACUUUUGAAGGUCAAGGUCAUACUUUUGAAGGUCAAGGUCAUACUUUUGAAGGUCAAGGUCAAAUUGCUCAUGUAGGAGGUCAUAAUCCUGAUGGUUCAUUUAUAGACAGUGUUGGUUAUAGUCAUCCCAAUAAAUGUGGUAAAAAUGAACAAACUGUCGUUAAAUCAGUUAAAUCCUGUGAUACAAAUAUUGAUGAUCAAGCGUUAAUUUUGCACGAGGGUGAAUCUUCUGAUGCCCAUCUUAUUCCAGACUUUCAGAGACACUCUCCAGUAAAGUCACAUUCUAUGCCUGAUACUACAGCACAAGCAGAGAAUGUUGAAAAUGUGUUCGAAAAUAACUUUGAAAACGUUGAAGAAGACAAUUUAUAUGAUUCCGUUCAUAACUCAUUAGACAACAGAAAUCGUCCUAUCAGUGGUGAUUUUGAAGUUAUUAAUCAUGAACAUGUAGCCAUUUCUAAACCUCAGCCUAACACGAGUGCAGUUCCAAAAAAGAUGAAGUCAAGCCAUGGAAGAACUGCAGAAAGGAAGAAAAUGAAACAGCUUUCUGAAGAUGUGCAGUACGAGUGGAAACGUCAGGUUGCAAAGAAAAAAUCACAGGCAUUGAAGAGACCAUCAAAAAAAGAUAAAGAGGGAAACCCUUUUACACAACAUCAUCACUUUGAUGAUCCUCACAAAGGAGCUAUACCUGAGGCUGAGAACGAGGCGAUGGGCCACUUUAACCCAUUUACCAUGGAUAGUGACGACUCUGGUUCCGGCAGCAGCUGUUUUACAGAUUCUACAUUUGAUAGUUUCUCGAAUUCGGACGAUGACACAGAAAUCUUUUCCCCGGAUAAGCCUCUUCCUCCUAAACCAAAAAAAGACCACCAGUUGAAAGAUUUGGCUCACAAAGUGUUACCAGGACAUCCAAAGAAGGAAAGUGACGAAGGACAUCCUGUCAUAGAAAAAGUGAGGUUGAAUCGACAUCGAGCCCCACCAGCUUUACCAGCUAGUUCCGGUAAUAUCGACCAGAAUCAGGUGAAAUUAAGGGGAGUCUUACAAAGUUUGAUUGACAGUGAAAGAAAUUACAUAGCAUCUCUUGAAAGACUGACAAAUGAUUACAGGGAACCCAUUUUGGGACAUGUUAAGAAAGCAGAGGUGAAGGUCACAUUCCAGAAGGUGGAAGAGAUAGCGUCCAUACAUAAAAUGUUUCAGAUUGAAUUCUCUGAGAAACUGAAAAAUUGGAACACUGAUGAAAAAAUAGGCAGCAUAUUUCAUGUGUUCUCACAGCGGAUGGUGAUUGAUAUAUACAGUGAGUACGUGAACAACUAUGAAGCUGCUAGCGAAAUUAUUCGGGAAAUGGAAAACUCCAAACAAGCUUUUAAGGAAUUGCUUAAAAAGAAACAGAUGGAGAGUGCUGACAGGUUAUCUCUACCAGGACUGAUGCUUAAACCUGUACAGAGAUUUCCACAGUUUAUCAUGAUUAUAAAGGAUUUGUUGAAAUACAGUCCGAGAGAUCAUCAUGACCGGGAACCAUUACAGGAAGCCGUGACCUGGAUAGAGAAUGUGGCGCACCAGCUGAAUGAGCGGAAGCGUCAGAGUGAGCAGUACUAUCACGGCCAACAGAUAGUGAACAAGCUUUCUGCACGAAUGCACCCAGUUGAAAAAAAUAUUUACCUUAUACGUCAAGAUGAUAUGGAACAAAUAUCCCAGGAUGUGACUGGUUCCCACCAUGUUAAGCAGAGGAGAUUAUUUCUGAUGAAUGAUAGACUGGUGUCUGUCCAUGUUUCACAAAGGCAUGGUUCAAUUUCUAUGGUACAACUGAAACAUCAAAUGAUGUCAUCAUCACUAUGGGACCAAGAUGCAGCGAAUUCGGAGAGGUUUACGUACAAAUGGCAUCAGCGGUUACAAGAUCUCGAACUCACCACGUCGGCUAUCACUCCUAAUAUGCAGACAACUGUAAAUAUAGGGAGUACAAGCUCAACUAUAAUGUCCCCUAAAACAGAGAGGUCGGAAGAGGAUCCAUAUGAUGUAGCGUCAGAACUUACAGACAUGAUGCAUGACAUAUCAGUGCUAGCAAAGAUAAACCAGAUGGUCUCUACCCUAAAACUUUCCUAUCCAGGUUUGACAGAAGAUAAUUUACAUAGCAUAAUAGCAAAGCUUCAGAAAGAGAUACAGAGUAAAGACUAUCAACUUCAGAUGUUAAACUCUAGUACUAUAAUACUUCAGGAUAAAGUCAGGAAGAGGAAGUAUGUGUUCAGUGCAUCAAGUGCUAGUGUGAAACAAGAAUGGUGUGUAGACUUUCUACUGGCAAAAUAUGCUCAAGACAUUAUAAAUAUACCAAGUUGGCAUAGGCAAGAUGACACAGAUAAUGCUCAGCCUGCCUUACUUAUGAAACAUAUGUCUGUAGAUAUGCAGAGGACAUUCACCAGGGUAUCAUGUGGUGUGAAGGUGUACUUUCCAAAGAAAAAUGAAGGUUCUAUGGAACAUCUGUGGAUUUGCUCCUCCAAUGAAGGUCAUGGUCAAGUCUCUGUUGUAUCUCUUCAUACAGACAAGCCAUCUUUAAUAGAAUCAUUUCAGGCCACUAAAUGUAUGAUUAUAUGUGUAGAGACUGUGCCAGGUUAUGCCAGGGUCAGAUCAAAGACAGCAUUUGAAGAAGACACAGUCUGGAUGAGUACAUCAGACUCAGAGAUCCAAGUAUUUAUGCUAAGUGAGAGGCAAGCAGACUUACAUAGACACUGUAUUUAUACAUUUGAAGUUGGCUGUAUAACUAUCUCUAUGAGAUACAUUGACGAUCUUAUGUUUUGUGGAAAUAGGAAUGGGAAGGUGAUCAUUUUCUCCAGAAAUGAUGAUGGUGUUUGGAGUGAAUCAAGGAGAAUAACUCUAGGAUUGAAUCCUGUUACCUCCCUUAUCUGUGUAGGAGAUAAUAUGUGGGCAGCUUGCGGAACAAAAAUCUAUAUUAUUGAUAUAGACACAUACGAGAUUCAGGACAAUGUAGAGCAUCAGCUUACAGAGAAAGAUGACCACACAAUACAUUUUGAGUAUUUAGUGAAGACUGGUGUUGGGGUAUGGGCAUCUUUCAUUGGUCAGCCAAAUAUCUGCCUGUACCACAGUGAGAGCAGGCGACUGCUACAGGACUUCAAUAUCUGCACUGCUGUCCAUGAAUUCAUUAAAGUAUAUUCUGGAAUAGAAGAAAGAAAGAAUUUUCAAGUUACUUGUUUAAUGGCAAGUCUUGGGCUGCUGUGGGUUGGAACUAAUGUUGGAAUAAUACUGGUAUAUCCUCUUCCAAGAUUACGAGAUGGCGUCCCAAGAAUUAACGAGCGUCCACAAGUAGCUCUCCACAGUCAUAGUGGAGCAGUAAAGUUUCUAUUACCGAUGCAUUACGGGCCAGUUAGUGGGGCACCUAUAAGAAGAAGGAUGGAAUCUGUCCUUAAGAAAUACAAAGUUGAUGACUCUGUAAUAAGACAUUUAUCUAUUGUUGAUGAAAACGAGACAGCUGACAGUAGACCAAAUUCUUAUAUAAGUUUGGAUGCUGGCAUGGUGACAGGUGAUAAUGUGUAUGAAGAUGUUGAUUUCCAAGGUUAUAAAAGAGAUACUGACAGUCAGAUUUAUGAAGAAAUUCCAAGUAAAGUGACGGAAGUUAAAGGUAGUGCUAAUAAAAAUCCUGCAGUAGUACCUAAAGGGGAUGACCAGGCUGAAGACAAGGAAUCAGAUCUGAUUCAAUCUGAUGAGCACAAAUAUUUCAUUUUAGAACCUCAUUGUAGAGAAACUAACAAAACUGACGAAAAGUCAAGUGCAGUAGAUCUGAGUAAAGUUGAGAUGAAAGGUGGUGCAGAUAUAACUGAAACAUCAGAUGAUGUAUUCCUUAGACCGAAAAAUAAGAACAAAAAUAUUAAUGUAAGAAUGAAAAGGAAUUGUGAUAUGGACCGGAAAUCAAUGACUUUGUCUUACAAUGCAUCUUUACACGGCAAACAGUCUAAAGUAUUUCAUUCAGAAUUAAAAAAUGCGUUAAAGCAUAGAAAGUCUCUGGAAGACUUGACUGAUAGAGAUGCUACACAAGAUGAAGUUAGUAAUUUAUAUCCAACUUUAGUCAGGCCGAAAACAAUUUCAAAUCCGGCAAAAUCAUUACGAGACAGUGGCCUUUCUUCAAGUUUACCGGAUAUUAGGGACGAGUCUAAGAAAGAGAAAGAUAAAGACUCCCUGUACUUCCGACCACGAAUGAGUAGUGGAAUAAAAGCGAAAAAACCGGAACUCUCUCCUCCAAGUAAAGACUCGACAAAAAAGGAGAAAAAGCCGUCUCGGUUUUCUAAGCGAGACUCUACACCGAAAGAAACUAGACGUUCUGUUUCCUUUAACAAGGAUGACACAAUGGAAAAUAAGAGAAAGUCGGCAGUUGGUACCAGUUUUUCACAGGGCUCAUCAGUAGAUACUCUCAGAAAGCAAGACACUAAUACAAUAAUGGUAAUUAGUGGAGGUGAUGGUUAUAAAGAUUGGAAGAAGAGACAAAGUUUACCAAAUUACAGACCAGAAGAGCCAUGUCUUAUGUUUUGGAUGUACAAAUUCUAGAUACAUUAUAUUUACUGCUGUUUAAUAUUGAUGCAAUAAAAAAAGCAUGUACUAGAUUUUUAGAUAUAUAUUUUAUAGUCGAUUAUAGUAAAGCUGGACUGUGAUUUACAUGCUGUACAUUUCUGAAAAAGCAGUUUGAUAUGAAAAGAAUGUUGUUAAUUUGUUAAUUAUAAAUAAUUUAUUGAAAUAUAUAUUUGUUUUGAGAAUCAACCUGUAAUAAGAGACAACAUUUUUAAUUUUUUUUUAGAUAGUUAUUUUUAAGUUUCAUUCCAUAUGUACCAAUAUUUCAUUCCAUGUUCAUGCAUAGCAUUAUUGUCCUCUGCUUUUUGCUAAGAGUGUGCAAUACUCUCAUUCAUGUGAUUAUUCUACAAUAUACAGGUAUAUUAUACAAAAAGGUUGACAUUUCCUUUUUUUAAUAUUUUUUUUGUUCUAGUAGACAUAAUAUUUGCUGGUCGAAAAGUUAAAUUAAAUACAGGUUGUACAUGUUCAUGAACAAAGUAAUUGUCAUGGAUUAAGUGUUAAUUCAAGUAAUUUUUUACAUUUGUAAAUUUGAAAUUUUGAGAUGACUUAUUCCGUUGCUAUUAUAUGUGAAGAAAACAAUUCAUUUGUGGUUUUAAUCCAAGUAGUCUCAAUGCAAGUUCAUUGAAUGGCAUUAACCGUCAAAUAAUUGAAUUUUGGAAGGUCAAAUGAUUGAAUUUUGCUUAUAGUUUCUUAACAUGGUCAUUUAUUCAUUGAAAUGAUUCAUACUUGGAAAAAAACAUCAAGUGUGAUGAGACUGACAUAUUAAAAUUGCAAUAAAGGAAAAACUCAUUAGUGUGCCCCCAUUAUGAAGGGUGGACAAUUUAGAUUUACCCUUGUCCGUCCGUCCAUCUAUCCGUCCGUUCUAUUUUGUGUCGCACAUAGCUUAAAGUAUUUGACAUAGAGUCAUGAAUCUUUAUAGGAAUAUUAGUCAGCAUGUGUAGUUGUGCACCUUGGUGUUUGCGUGUGGAUUUAUUCGUUAUUUGUAGAAUUAUUGCCCUUGACUAAGUAAAAAUUUACAAAUUUCAAAUAGUGUUGCACAUACAUGUAGCUCAAAAAGAAUUUGACCUAUGGUCAUAAAACUUUACAGGAAUGUUACACAGCAUGUAAAGUUGUGCACCUGGGUGUUUUCGUGUAUAUUUAUUCAGUAUUUGUUGUAGUUAUUGCCCUACUCUUAGUAAAAAAUUUCCAUUUUCAACUUGUGUCACACAUAGCUCAAAAAGUAUUUGACAUAUAGUCAUAAAACUUUCCAGGAAUGUUGCUCAGGAUGUGCAGUUGUGCACCUGAUGUUUCACCUGUGGAUUUAUUCUGUUUGUUAGAGUUAUGGCCCUUGACGUAGUAAAAAUUUGCAAUUAUUAACUUGUGUCUCAUAUAGCUCAAAAAGUUUUUGACUAGGGUCAUGAAACUUAACAGGAAUGAUACUCAGCAUGUGAAGUUGUGUACCUGGAGUUUCAAUGGUGGAUUUAUUCUGUUUUCUCAGAGUUAUGGCCCUAGACGUAGUUAAAAUUUACAUUUUUCAAAUUGUGUCGCAGAUGUGUUGAGUAUUGAGUGUACCUUGAGUGCUUGAGUCAGAAUAAACUAGUUUUACAGGAAUGAUGAUCAACAUCACUGUGAAGCUGUACUCCUGGUGUUUUGCAUGUGGAUUUUUAUGCCCCCACUUUAGGGGGGAGGGGGGCAUUUAGAUUUAUCCUUGUCUGUCCUUCCGUUCUCAUUUUGUGUCGCAUGUAGCUCAAAAAAUGUUUGACCUAGAGUCAUGGAACUUUACAGGAACGGUGAUCAGCAUGCAUAGCUGUGCACCUGGGUGUUUGCGUGUAGAUUAAUUCAGUAUUUGUUAUAGUUAUUACCCUUGACGUGGUAAAAAUUUGCUAUAUUCAACUUGUGUCACACAUAGCUCAAAAAGUAUUUGACAUAUAGUCAUAAAACUUUACAGGAAUGUUGCUCAGGAUGUGCAGUUGUGCACCUGAUGUUUCACCUAUGGAUUUAUUCUGUUUGUUAGAGUUAUGGCCCUUAUUAAAAUUUUGCAAUUUUUAACUUGUGUUUCAUAUAGCUCAAAAAGUAUUUGACUAGGGUCAUGAAACUUUACAGGAAUGCUACUCAGCAUGUGAAGUUGUGUACCUGGAGUUUCAAUGGUGGAUUUAUUCUGUUUUCUCAGAGUUAUGGCCCUUGACUUAGUAAAAAAUUACAAUUUUCAAAUUGUGUCGCAGAUGUGUUGAGUAUUGAGUGUACCUUGAGUGCUUGAGUCAGAAUAAACCAGUUUUACAGGAAUGAUGAUCAACAUCACUGUGAAGCUGUACUCCUGGUGUUUUGCAUGUGGAUUUUUAUGCCCCCACUUCAGGGGGGAGGGGGGCAUUUAGAUUUACCCUUGUCUGUCCUUCCGUUCUCAUUUUGUGUCGCACGUAGCUCAAAAAAUGUUUGACCUAGAGUCAUGGAACUUUACAGGAACGGUGAUCAGCAUGCAUAGCUGUGCACCUGGGUGUUUGCGUGUAGAUUAAUUCAGUAUUUGUUAUAGUUAUUACCCUUGACUUGGUAAAAAUUUGCUAUAUUCAACUUGUGUCACACAUAGCUCAAAAAGUAUUUGACAUAUAGUCAUAAAACUUUACAGGAAUGUUUCUCAGGAUGUGAUGUUGUGCACCUGAUAUUUUGCCCAUGGAUUUUUUCUGUUUGUUAGAGUUAUGGCCCUUGACGUAGUAAAAAUUUUCAAUUUUCAACUUGUGUCGCACAUAGCUCAAAAAGUAUUUGACCUAGGGUCAUGAAAAUUUUACAGGAAUGCGACUGUGAUUCAAUUGGUGAUUAAAUUGCGGAUUCAUUCUAUUUUGUCAGAGUUAUGGCCCUUGACACAGUAAACAUUUACAAUUUUCAAAUUAUGUCACACAUGUGUUGUGUACCUUGAGUGCUUGAGUCGGAAUCAACCAACUUUACAGGAAUGAUGAUCAACAUCACUGUGAAGCUGUGCUCAUGGUGUUUUGCAUGCCCAUUUUAGGGGGGCAUUUAGAUUUAUCCUUGUCCUUCCGUUAUCAUUUUGUGUCUCCCAUAGCUCAAAAAGUGUUUAACCUAGAGUCAAGAACCUUUACAGGAAUUUUGAUCAGCAUGUGAAGUUGCCCACCUUGGGUCUCGCUUGUGGAUUCAUUCUGUUUUGUCAGAGUUAUUGCCCUUGACUUAGUAAAUAUUUGGCAAUUUUCAACUUAUGUCGCACGUAGCUCAAAAAGUAUUUUGACAUAGGGUCAUGAAUAUUUACAAGGAAUGUUGAUCAGAAUGUGAAGUUGUGCACCUGGGGGUUCGCUUGUGAAUUUAAAUAUUUUAUCAAGAGUUAUUGCCUUUGACUAAGUGAAAAUUCUAGUUUACAAUUUGUGUCAUGUGUAGCUCAAAAUGUAUUUAACCUAGUCAUGUAACUUAAGAAGAAUGUUGGUGAACAUGUGUUGUUGUGCACUUUGGGUUUCGUUUGUGAAUUUAUCCAGUAAUUGUUGAGUUAUUGCCCUUGACUUAAUAAAAACCGCUUCAUUAUGUUGUGUUAUUUGUUGCUUUAGUGCUUGAGUUAGAAUCAACUUUACAGGAAUAAUGAUCAACAUCACUGUGAAGCUAUGCACCUCGGAUUUUGCAUGUGGAUUAUUUUCAGUUUUGUUAGAAUUUUUGCCCAUGACUUAGUAUAAAGUUGCAAUUUUCAACUUGUUCAUGCAUAGCUAAAAAGUAUUUGACCUGUAGGCCUGAAAGCUUACAAGAAUGUUGGUCAGCAUGUUUACUUAUGAACCUUGGGGUUCAAUUUUGGAUUUAUUCAGUAUUUGUGAAGUUCUUGCCCUUUACUUAGUAAAAUAUUUUUAGUUUUCAACUUGUGGCACAUGUAGCCCAAAACAUAUUUGACCUUGAGUCAUAAGAUUGACAAAACAGUGGAGUGUGGGGGCACCCUUGUCCUAUGGACACAUUUCUAGUUUUCCAUUGUUUUUAGCUCGACUAUUCGAUAAAUAGAGCUAUGCUAGUCACCAGAACGUCAGCGUAACCACUUACGUUAACGUUUUUGAAACACGUCAAAUAUUUUCAAAGUCAAAAGACAUAUGGUUUUGAAUCUUUGCACACUUGUUCACCAUCAUACCCCCAAUCUGUAGACACGAGAGGUAACUCUAUCAAGCAUUGCCCCUUUUUCAACUUAGAAUUUUUGUUAAAGUUUUUGUAACACAUCAAAUAUUUUUUCCAUCGACAUAUGGAAAUUUUGCACACUUGUUCACCAUGCACCAAACUGUAGACAGAAGGAGGAAACUAUCAAACUUUUUGACAGAAUUAUGCCCCUUUUUCAACUAAGAAUUUAUUUUAAUUUUUUUGUAACCCCUAAAAUAUUUUCAAAGUCCAUUGACAUGUGACAUUGAAACUUUGCACACUUGUUUACCAUCAUGACCCCAACCAACCUGUUGACAGGAGAAGGUAACUAUCAAGAAUUUUGCCAGAAAUAUGUCUCCCUUUAUUUAGAAUUUACGUUAAAGUUUUUGUUUUACCUCAAAUUUUACAAAGUCCAUUGGCAAUUAUAGCUUUAAACUUUACACACUUGUUCACCAUCAUGCACCAAAUAUGUAGACAUGAGGAGGUAACUAUAUCAAGCAUUUUGACACAAUAAUGUCGCUUUUUCGACUUAGAAUUUAAAUUUAAGUUUGCAUACCACCGCCACCUCAGAUAUUUUCAUAUUCCAUUGACAUAUGGCUUUGAAAGAAGUUGAAAUUUUAUACACUUCUUUGAGAGCAUAAUAGGACUCUCUUUAAGUCGUUUAACUGUAUCAUGGAUUUAAAGAAAAAUGUGGCCUUUUUGUUAACUAAGAAAAUUUUACAUUAUCAAGGCUCUUGUACAGUAUCAAGCACUAAGAAUAGUCUAACGUGCUGUCCUACCCAUAGCUCUUGUCAGAGUUAUUGCCCUUGACUUAGUAUUAGUUAUAGACUUAUUCAUGCAUAAAUCAAUAAGUAUUUGACCUGUAUACAAAAAGUAUACAAAAAUGUUAGACAGCAUGUGUAGCUAUGCACCUUGGGUUUGCUUGUGGAUUUAUUCAGUAAAUGUAGAGUUUUUCAAAAGAUUUUCAGUUUUAACUGUGUCACAUGUAGCCCAAAAACAUUUGACAUAGAGUCAGUAGAUUGCCAAAACUGUGGAAUGUGGGGGCACCCGUUUCUUUUUGACACAUUUCUAGUUUUCUUUAAUUUUUGUUUUAAUGAUUUGUUUUAACCUUUUAUUUAUUUGUUUUUAGAAAAAAAGUUGUUUUAAAGUCGAGGGUUGCCCUCAGACGGAGGUGGCUCAUCUUGUGAAUGAUAUGAAAUUUUGGAUGCAAGUUAUUUGUUCAGACCUACAUCAAAUGGUAUACAAAUUUUUAGAAAUCAUUUCCAGUUAUGUCCUAGAAAACAAAUACCUCAGGGGUGUCCCUAUAGCAAAUAAAGUUAGCUACGCUAGCCUUUAAGGUACAUUCAUAGAAAUUACCUUUAUUGAGUUAGUGAAUACAAAAAUAGGCCUAACAUAUUGUUUAUAAAGAUAUAAUGGUGAUAAUUGUACAUGUUCACAUUAAAUAUGGAUUGUGAAUAAUUUUUUGCUUAUCAAUUUUUGAUUCACUUUGAUCAAUUUGAUUACUCCACAGCAGGUGUACAGCAUAAGUUAGAAGCUUUUAAACAUAUUAAAAGAGUCUUUAACCGUGUUUUUCUGAUCAGACGGUAAUUUUUACAUGCUAUUCAUAUUGUUGAUGUUUUUGUUUGUAUAGCUUAUAUUAACAGGGUAUGAUUGAUUUUAUACAAAUGUUCAUUUAAUAUGCAUACUCAUUUAUAAAAAAGGUAGGAAUGUUUAAGGCUUAAAUGGGCUUGCUGUCUUUCUUGAAAUGAAUGUUUAUCUCAUAAAACAAUAAUCAGGAUGAUAGGUGAAAGUAUAAAGUUAACAAUUUGUACUAAUUUUACAAAAUGGUACUACAUUAAAUAAUUGUUUAUUGAACAGUUGUUCAGAUAGAUUUUCUUUAAACAAGUACAUGACUGUAUACAUGGUUUUGAAAUAAAAGUCAACAAGAA